AUGGCGGUCUAUAUUUUGGAAGUGUGUAUUUUUCUGCUGAUGGUGUUUUACGGUGAGGCAACGGUUUGUGGCGUUCCGAGAAUCAACUCUUCCCUGCUGAGCUCCAACGAGGAAGGUGGAACCUAUCCCGGGCAGUGGCCGUGGCACGUGGCCAUUUACCAGAGGCCUAAAAACCAAUCAUUCCUAGCUUAUAAAGCAGGAGGAACGCUUAUCACCUCGACGUUUGUGCUGACCGCCGGUGUCUGCCGUUUGUCAGAGGUUGAUCGUCACUACAUGUAUCCUUCAGCACACUACAUCCGCGUUGGAAUACAUAAUCUAAACGUUCUGAGCUUGGGCACUGGCCAGUAUCGAAGUGUUGAACGGUUUCAUUUUCCCUAUCAUUGGAACAAAAUGAAGGCAGUUAUGAUAACCCUGGUCGAAUUACGCCGCGAAGUACAGUUUAAUGAUCUGGUUCAGCCAGUUUGCAUUUUUUACAACCAGGUAUCUUCUCGAAUCAAGUCUGGAACGGUUGUCGGAUGGGGUCCGACCAAGAACGAUCAUGAAACGGUGCAGAUAAGCCGCCAGCUCAGCGUACAUGACGACGAUUGUUUGAAGCUAGGCGGCCCCUACAACGCAAUCAGAAAUAUUUCACUAUUCUGCGUAGGAUCACCAAACGGAACUGAUGUUUGUAAAGGUGACGAAGGAAAUGGCAUUUUCGUACAGAUAAGAGGAAUUUGGUACGUAACGGGAAUGAUAUCUCACAUUCCUCAAGCAGAAACGACAGAUCAAUGUCGAACGGAUGGUUACGCAGGUGUAACCAAGAUUUUCAGCUUCCUUAAGUGGAUCAGUAGUACUACCAAUCUAACAGGCCUAGCGAAUGAAACCCCCGUCGUAAAUGGCACGCAGGUGGAUCCAACGCAACAAUAUCAAAAUCUUUUGCCUCGUCAGUGCGGAAGUUUCAUCUGGGAUGGAGUUAUCAAGGGUCAAACCGCCCCACUUUUUGCGUAUCCGUGGAUGGCCCUGCUGGCUCGCCGAGACCUUCUGUCGAGGGAUGCAAUCGAAUAUGUUUGUGACGUAUCGCUGAUCAGCAACCGUUACGUACUAACGAACUCUCGAUGCACUGCUGUGAAGGAACCACCUGAACUUGUUCGACUGGGAGAGCACACCAUGGGUCAGGACAUCGAUUGCAACGCAAACGACGACACCGACUGUGCUCCUCCUGUUAGAGAUUAUCCAAUACAAUUUAUCGUAACGCAUCAGAACGAACACAUGGGCGACAGCAUCGCCUUGGUUCGACUCAACCAAGAUGUCACGUUCGAAGACCACAUCCAACCCAUCUGCCUUCCGGUGACCCCGGAACUGCGUGCGCUCCAGCUGGACCAGUUCAUCGUCACCGGUUGGGGCUCGUCCGCCGGAACCCUGCGGCAGGCCACGCUCGAAUUCACGACCUCGUGCGACGACGACGCCCGCGAAGGGUCCCCAGUGGGUUACCCCGUUCGGCACCGCGGUGGUGUCCGGUUCGUGCAGUUUGGGGUGAUGACUGGCUGUGAGCGGGGACUGCCGGUGUACGCCAACGUGUCGCGCCUCAUGGACUGGAUCGUCGUCAAUACGGAUGAAAACAACACGAAACCAGCGCCGCCAAAGCCGGAACGUGUUGGCAUUCUCUGCUGCAAGCAGGGGCUGAACGUCGCGGAAAAUCAGUGAUGUGCACGCUGCGACCAAGCUGUCAAUCAAGUUCCCCGUUAAGGAAUCGAAAAGUGAAAAAAAAUGUGAGCUGUCAUGGUAAACUUCACAGAAACCCUCCUUCAAAUAAUG